AUGUCUGAAGUUGCAACCGUAGGCGCUGCUGCAGCACCAGCUGCCACUUCGCCAGCCAAGACGAAGAAGCCAAGGGCCCCGAAGGGACAGGGCAAACCCAAGAAGCCAUCGACCCAUCCCCCGGUGAACGAAAUGGUUGUUGCCGCCAUCAAAACCCUGAAGGAACGCAACGGAUUGUCGCUGCAGGCCAUCAAGAAGUACAUCGCUGCCAACUACAAGUGCGACGUUGCCAAGCUAGCCCCGUUCCUUAAGAAGUCUUUGAAGAAUGGCGUCGAGAAAGGAACGAUUGUCCAAACCAAGGGAAUCGGUGCAUCGGGAUCAUUCAAGUUGAAGGCUGAAGCCAAGAAAGCCGCCACUGAGAAGAAACCGAAGAAGGCUGCCGGCGAGAAAAAGGUCAAGAAAGCUACCGGAGCGAAGAAGCCAGCCGGUGAUAAGAAAGCCAAGAAGCCUGUUGCUAAAGCUGCCAAGAAGCCAGCUGGUGAGAAGAAAGCCAAGGCUGCCGUUGCCAAGACCGUGAAGAAGGCUGCUACUCCCAAGCAAAAGGCCACCAAGCCCUCGAAGACCGCUGCCAAGAAGCCAAAGACCCCGAAGCCGAAGAGAACCACCCCAGCCAAGAAAGCGGCCCCGAAGAAGGUCGUCAAGAAGUAA